AUGGUUUCCUUGACCAAACGCCUGAUGCUUCUCUCAUCUCUCAUCUCCCUGUUUCUAUGGCGAAAAAUGUAUCGUUAUUUAGUGGUCUUGUUCUUCUGCUACUACAUCUUCAUCAAUUUCUUCGGGCAACGUAGUGUCAUCAAAGAAGUUCGAGAUGAUUUGAUUGAAAAUGGUGACAACAUUUUGGCCAAUCAGCUGGUCAACAAUCAGCAGCAUGAGAGUGUUUUGCCAGUUUUGAAAACGAUUCUUUACUGGAACAGCUUCUUCGGCAAAAAAGAUUUCACCUUCGGAUUUGGACAGCAACCGUUUGUCAAUGCCAAAUGUCCGACGGCGACCUGCUACGCGACUGACGACCGGAGCUUAUUCAACGAGAGUGAUGUCGUCAUCUUCUCCAUUCAAGGCAUGAACCUGACAGAUUUACCGACUUAUCGAUUUCCACACCAGCGAUUCGUCUUCUUUGAAAUGGAACCCCCGGCCACCACCGAUUACAGACCGCUUCUGCAUAACCACACCCGUUUCGGUUUCUUUAAUUGGACCAUGACGUAUCGGCUGGAUUCGGACAUCGUUAACCGUGACUCUUACGGCGUAGUUUUGUCUUUUCGAAAUAGCACGUUGACCUCCUCGUACCCCCAACCUCGUCAGGGAAUAACAGCAGCAUUACCCUACCAGAAGGAUGAGCUUGUCAACAUUUCCAGCAAAAAGAAACUGGUGGCGUGGUUCGUGUCCCACUGCGUGACUCCAAAUCGUCGCGAGGAUUACGUCAGAGAACUGAGUAAAUACAUACCGGUGGACAUUUACGGCAAGUGCGGUAAUUUGACUUGCUCGAACCGAAAGCAUUGCAAGGAAAUGAUCCGCAGAGACUACAAAUUCUACAUCGCUUUCGAGAACUCGCUGUGCACCGAUUAUGUCACCGAAAAGCUGGCCAUCGCUCUCAUUUAUGACGCAGUACCUAUUGUUAUGGGCAGUGUUGAUUACACGAAAUUUGCCCCACCUCAUUCAUUUAUUGACGUCAAAGACUUUCCUUCUCCAAAGCAACUUGGUCGCUACCUUCUACUACUGAGCGAAACGGAUUCACUGUACAUGCGCUACUUUGACUGGAAGCGGGACUAUGCAGUCCACUUGAACCUUAAGCUAGGAUGGUGUCAUCUUUGUAAAUUGGCCCAUGAUAGCCAAGUUUCAUCAACGACAUACAACGACAUUUUAGAGUGGUGGGUGAGCAAUAACCCUGCCAACUGUAUUAGCAAUUUACCGAAGUACAUAUCAGCACCCAUUCCUCGAUUUCAAGAUAAGAUUUAA